CCUUAAGGUAAAUAUAUACAGCGACAUGGUACUAUGGAAAAUAAAACUAAAAAAAAUGUUCCUAAUUUCUGUGGCUGUAGGAACGUGUAUCUACAUUUUGUCACAAAAUACAACAUUUCUGCAAACGAAAGAAAUAAAACAUGUCGUACAUCUUAACACACUGAAGGAUGAACUUAAACCAGAGAACAACACAAAAACCAAAAUGAUAACAAUUACUGAAUCCCUGAAACUACAUAUAAACAAUACAAAUAGUUCGAGUGAAGGGAAAAAAUCUAGGUUCCUGGUAUUUGGAGAUAACCCUCUAUUGGCUGAGGAAAUAGAAGUAAAAGAACACUAUAAGCAACUACUGAAUAGACGAAAAAAAUAUACGAUUACCAAACAAGUCUACAUAGGAUUGGAAUUUCAAAAUAUUUGUGCCGUUCAUUCUGAAGAACUGAUUCUGUCACAAGUGAAACAGAUGUAUAAACUUGCUGGAUUAAAAAUACAUCAACAGUUUAAUAACGAGUCUUUACGAUUUCUGUCACAAGACCUUUUUGGACCAUGUUUGUAUUAUCCAACAAGAUAUGCUUAUAGCAUAGAGUGGACACAUGAUAAACUUCAUCAUAAUGUUUAUAUGAAGAUAUCUGAAACAUUCCUCAACAAACCAACAUAUGGCGGUAGCAGCUUCAGAAUUCAUGUACAGGGUGUCCAUAGUUUUUUGUGUCAUGUCAAGGAUAAUUUCAAUGGGAUUUAUCAUGUGUGUUGUCCGUAUGUACCACCCUGUAGUACUAUAACUGUCACAUUGAUGUACAUGUCUUAUGGAGCAUUUCUUGAUGUACCAACCAUUCAACCAGUUUCCCUAAUUCUUGCUCAAAUUCAAAAUUGCGAUUUACACCACAGGGAACAGCAGUCGUAUGAACAAUUUGAGAUGGCCAUGAUAGAAAAUGUUCAGUGUGACAGACAGCCAAAAGUUAUUUCUAAAUAUGGGAGGUGGAUAUUCAAAGAUGGAGUUUUAAGAUGGGGGUUACAUUCUAAGUGUCUUACAGAGAUGAUGGAUCCAAAAGCGCUGAGAAAUUGUUUCAAAAAACUAAAAAACAUUGGUUGUUAUGGGGACUCCCAUCUCCGUUAUACAAUGACCUAUUUUGGAUCAUUUAUAAAAAAUGACUUUGUUUUUCAAAUGUGGGAAGAUUGGGGAUUCGAUCAUUUUACUUUCAAUUGGUGCCCUGGAUUGCCUGUGGUUUGGAAAUCUCUGAUCAAAAACUAUAUCUUCACUCUUAAAAAUUCCACCCGUUUUCAGAGCCAAGCAAAGGAUCAACGGAAGAGCACUAUACUUAUCAACAAUGGAUCAUGGGACUUAGAUAGAGGGCUUUUCUCGAACUAUCUCUAUUCAAUUAAAUCUUUACUAGUGCCUCUUAUAAAAAUAUAUCGCAAAAAUCCAAUAUGGGACACUACACCUAUCAUCUGGCUUAGUAAUGCAGCAUUCCCUCACGAGUACAGAUUUAUUUUCGAUCAUGGAGGACACCAUAAAAGAAAUGACUUUAGAGCUGCAGCUGCAAAUUCUCUCAUUGAGUCGCUUACUAAAGAUUUGAAGGUGGAGUUCAUUAACCAGCUGACCCCCUCAAGUAUAAGGUCCAGUGAUAAUGUAUGUAGUGCACAUUAUAUCUGCCAAAAAGAUGUUAGUGGACCAGAAAAGGCAAGAGGAGAUGUAGGGAUUGUUAUUGCACAUAUGUUAUUUGAUGAGAUGUGUAAAUAGAAGCUACCCAAAAAUUGUUUCAAUUUUAGUACGAGUAUAUUUUUGGCUCAUGUCAUUCAUGUCAAUUUUCUAAAAGUCCCCAAAGUGCACAUGUUAUUCCAGGAGCACUUCAGAUUUUUACAAUAAACACCUUUCCCCCAUUUUUGGCACUUUAAUCCUUAAUAACUUCAUCAAUUGUUAACAUAUUGCAGAUCAUUCGGGAGAUAUUGUUGUAUUUAAGAUCGCAAGGAAUAGAUUGGUAGGUCAAUUCACGUUGCUUGCAAUUUUGUC